GUGCGAGGAUCAAGAGCAACAGAACGCCAAGGAAGGGGAGCGGGAACCAGGGGGGAACCAGAGGGCUAAGGACUCGCCGCCGAGGACUAAAGGAUUAUUUAGGAUGUGAGCAAACACCGAGAGGAGACAAUCAGGUGGAGUAAAUCAGACCAGGAACACAACAAAUGCAAAGCGUGGAGCCAAGUCAUCAUCUGCGGGCCGUUGGUCAGAAACCGGGACAAGUCGCUAACUACUAAUGGGAUCAUUCCCGGAGAAGCGAUGAGCGCUGGGAUCCGUAUUGGCUAUUGAGUCCCAAGCUGCGGUAUUCCGACUUCACGGACACAUUCCACCGGAUGUAAUCCCGCUGACUCCGACAGAUGUCCCAGGUUGACCCGUACCCCUUCAGCUCCUCAGGGGGCUGAGCCGACCCGCCGGGGAGCAUGGGCAGGAGGGUGGCCAACCCGACUAAUCCGGUGCCCGCACUGGGGGUUCCACUGGCGGUGGGGCGAUGGGGUCAGCUGUGCAGCGUCGGGGUGCAGACGUCUCCGGGAUUGCGGACUCUCCCGUGCAUCAAAAGACACGUCGGGCAAGCGGGCAACCCAAAGCGAGUCCUCGCCGCCGUCGCCGCGGCAACGAGCGCAACGGAGGCGGGGGGAGUGAUCUCCAGUGACAGCAACGGUCUUCUGCUCUCCAAGGAGACGUCUCAGAACGAAAUCAACAACCUGACGCAGGAUGACAUGGGGUCACAAGGUUCCGGCGGCGGCGUUUACUGCCAGAUAAAAGCGAUACGGACAAAUUCGAAGGAAUCGAGCGGGAAAAGGCUAUCGAGGUACACGAAUGGCAGCGUGGUGGGCUCGGACAUGCUGGGGGGGGUCUGCAGCGAAGCCCCGGACGUCAAGGAUGAAACCCAAGAGAAGAGAAGAGUUCAAUCUCUACGUGGGGAGCGACACCGUGCGGCGGUGAAAACGGGGAACGUUUCCACGACCGUCCACGCUACGCCGCCUCGGCCCUGUCGCAUGGUCACCGCCUCCUCGCCGCAGCUUUGCGGAACGUGCGGACGGCGGCGAUCGCAGCUCACCCAGUGCACGGGCGCCUGUCGGAGGAGGCCUGCACCCCCGAUAUCAUCCAGCCAGACUUUACCCCACCCGGUGUGGAAGCAGGGUGCGGUCCAGAACCACUCCAAAAAGGACUAUACGUUAGACGGCAAAAACCCGGAGACAUCGGUGAAAAACAGUCAAAUCCCGCAGUUGGCCCACACAAUACCAAAAACGGGCGCGGCACCUCCUCAGAAGAAGACAAAGCAUCAGCAGGCGAGGCCGCGUUCUGCCGAGUUCACACACUGCAAGGACUCGGCCACGCAAACGACACACACACACCCGAGCAGGACGCCGACGACAACAACGACGACAACAGAAGAACUUUCCACACACAAACCCAAACCCGAUAAAAACCAGCCCGCAAACCUCAAACCUCCAGACCCUUCCGAUCCGACAACAUGUAGCAGCCCGCCGGCGCUCCCGGCAAAAAACUCCCCCAAAUGUACUUCCUCCAAACCGUCCGGCCUCGUAGCUCACCGCACAAACAGCCAAGAGACGGCACGCAGUCCCGCGCCAAAGUCCUCCAAAGACACCAGACUGAAGAACUACACAAAACAGAAGAGCAAAUCCUUAGACGAGCACACGCCGCCUUGUAAGACUCACAAGACGGCGCAAUGCAACGGCGCUCCGGCGGGACUACUGACGGGGGCUGCGGGAGCCCCCCGCGGCCUGGAGAACAAGUUGCAGAGUGUGGAGGAGAACCUGGUGUCCAAUCAGGAGAAGAUCAAGGUGCUCCUCAACGUCAUUCAUGACCUGGAGAAGAGCAAGGCCCUCAGCGAAGGCCGCAGCUCGUACAGAACCGGCCAGGAUAUUAACAACUGCCCCACCUGCCAGAAGACAGCCUGCAUCAUCUACAGCGUGGAGCACGACUUCCGUCUGCAGGAGGGACGCUUCCAGGGCGUGAUGGAGUCCCUGGAGGGAGAGUACGACGUGCCUGCUCCCGUCCCGGCCAAGCCCCCGGCGGCCACCUCUCAAGCCAGCCGCCCCAGCACCAAGGCCCGCGUCAAGAAACUCCGCAAGAAGUGCUUCUGGUGGCUCUGAUAAGAACUCAGCGGCGGAGGAAUUUCACUGUGGAAUUGUGGGAUUGAUUGGACAUGACUGAUGUAUGAAAGGACAAAGGAGCUGCUGAGCUUCCGAUGUAUUCUAGAUGUAUUCGUUUUCAGUUUCACUUUGCGCUCUUAAUGAGCGCCCCUCAUCCCAUGACGUCGUAUGUAGCAAGCAGAUGGAGCAUUAACACUUGGCAGAGUGGCCGUCCUGGAAGAUACAUAAAAAGGAUUUAUAGCCGAAUGGAUUCAUGCAUAUGGAUGGGAAUGAAUCACAAUGCAAAUCUGUUUUGGCUUAAUUACAGCGGAAACCAUUGGAAUGAUGCGGAUUUAACAAAUCAUCGUCAUGUUUGUGGAGAUGAAUGUAGCAAUAAGUGAAUCAGCAGAGAAGCCGCGUGGAAACACACGGAGAGGACCUCUCAGGAAUAAAGAGACAGCCGUGCGUACAGAAAGAGCAAAAGUGUAUGAGAUUGUAUGAAGAAUAUUAUUAGGAGGCAACAUGGCGGACUGACGGGCUGUCUCACGUUAUUGACAUUUGCGUCGCCGCUGACCGAUUGAUUCUCUAUUGCGUUGCCAUCCAAAGCGGGAGUCCCAGAGGCCUACCAUUUCUACAAGUGUUCUUCCUCUCGCACACACGUGCACACACGUGCACACAUCCACUCACAUGAUUGAAGACACACAUGUUGCAUUCAGGGACACACGCACACACACGAGUCAGCCCAUUGUUAAACAUGGCCUGUCUUAGCCAUUGGCUAAUUUUUUAUAAAAUACACUUCACCACAUUGUAGCCAAUGAGAGCCAUCAUAAGACUUGAUAACACAAUCUGCCCUGGCAGAGAAACAAACGCUCAUUUAGAUUGACAAUGUCUUAGCGCUUCUAAUGUAACAAUACCGUCAAUAUUUUCAUGAUUUCAUUUGAACAAAAACGAUGGAAGAAUUAUGUAUUAUUAUACAUUUGAAAAAUCAUUUUAUAUAUAAAAAAAUAUGUUUUUUUUUUACUUUAAUAAUGAUUUGGAGUGCAUGAGAAAGUGAAUACAUGAAUACUGUAUUUUCUGGAGUAUAAGUCGCACAAGGCCAAAAAUGCAUAAUUAGGUAGAAAAAAAUAUACAUAAGUCGCACUGGAGUAUAAGUCGCACAUCAACAAAAAUGCAUAAUUCGGUAAAAAGAAAAAAAUACAUAAGUCGCGUUGGAGUAUAAGUCGCACAAGGCCAAAAAUGCAUAAUUCGGUAGAAAAAAAACAUACAUAAGUCACGCUGGAGUAUAAGUCGCACAAGGCCAAAAAUGCAUAAUUAGGUACAAAAAAAUAUACAUAAGUCGCACUGGAGUAUAAGUCGCAUUUCUUGAGGGUAAUUUAUUUUAGAAAGUACUUAUAUUACAUCCUCUUGGAAGGCAAGUUGUAACAAUAAUAAAAAAACGGAGAACAGGCUGAAUAGGUGUAAGAUAUGCUAACACAAUGCUUAUUCAGAUACAUAAAAAAUAAACAUGAACAGAAAAGGUGUCCAGUGUUUAUGUAAUAUAAACAGUUACAUAAACACUGGACACCUUAAAAACAAACAAAAAAAAAACAUUUAUAAGUCGCUCUGGAGUAUAAGUCGCAGGAACAGCCAACCUAUGAAAAAAGUGUGACUCCGGAAAAUACGGUAAAUUGCAAUAUUUGGAAAAAUGGCAAAAAAAACAGCGCAAAAUGUAUUAUUAUUUUAUUAUUUUAUUAUUUUAUUAUUUUAUUAUUUUAUUAUUUUAUUAUUUUAUUAUUUUAUUAUUUUAUUAUUUUAUUAUUUUAUUAUUUUAUUAUUUUAUUAUUUUAUUAUUUUAUUAUUAUUACAUUCUUGCAAUGUUUCAUUCCUGACUUUCCCACCAACAGCUGAGUACCACGACCAACAUUUUAAAGCGCAUGCAGAGGUGGCGGAAGCUUCAGCUGCAGCUACUGCCACCCUGUGGAGUUGAUCACGGAGUUGCCGACCGCCCCGGUCUAUUAAUACCGAUGUUGUUUGAGGCGGUGUUAAUUAGCGUGUCCUCUGGUCAUUGGCUUUUGUAAACAACGUCCCCGGUGACUAUGGCAGUCUCAGAGGUUAAUUGGAGCAUUUAUGGUAUGUUUAUUAUUGUACCGUGUCAUAGUGGGAGGUGUACAUAAUAUUUGUUUGCCAUUAAGCACAGUCAGUACUACUAAAAACACAGUAAUACACAUUGAAUGAAUACUACUGAGGCAGAAUAUUCUUGUAAUGGCUCUCAUUGCACGGUGAAGGUUGUCAUAAUGAUGUAUAUUAUCCAGCCAAGUUAAAGAUGAUAUAUUUUACUAUCUACAUUAUAAAUCUAACACGCAGCCUUCAGGCUGCUGGCUUGUUAUUCACACUACAGUAAAGAUACUCCCCCCAACAGGCCAAAUAACCCCCACAUCUCAUUAAAAUGUUAAACAAGUGUCAGAUUGAUGCACGGCGUCCAACUCGAGUGACUUGAGGAAACAAAUUAUACAGAUGCAGGAUUUUUAUUGACGAGAAGCGAACCUCUUGAGUCAUAAAAACCCACACGGGGCCAACUUUGUUGUCACUCUCGCACACCGACACAUGUUCAGGUUGAAGGCUGUGUGAAGCUACUCAUCUCCCGUAAGCACCUAAUUCAGCCGUAAUGGCUGACGAGUUGGCCCCAAUUAUUGCUCCGGAUGAUACUACGCUCGGAGAAAUGAACCAGCUUACCCGAGUCCUCCCCCGUAAUGAUCCCACCAUGCCCAGUUUCUCCUCAUGUCCCCCAAUGUGUACAAUAAAGUUGUGUAUUUUGAACAAGACAUGGCUUUGUUGACUCAACACAAAGCAGGUUAACUAAUCUCUCUGUUUGAUUGCUGCAAAUCUGCCCUUAAAGUCAGUAGAGUUAUGAUAAAAAAAAAAAAAACAUACAUAAGUCGCACUGGAGUAUAAGUCGCAUUUUUUGCAGGUAAUUAGAUUAAAGUACUGUUACUAUUAAAGUACCGUAUUUUCUGGACUAUAAGUCGCUCUGGAGUAUAAGUCGCACAAGGCCAAAAAUGCAAAAAAAAAAAAACAUACAUAAGUCGCACUGGAGUAUAAGUCGUUUUUUUGUGGGUAAUUUAUUUUACAAACUACUUGAGUUGUCAUGGAAGUGAUUACUAUUAAAGUACCGUAUUUUCUGGACUAUAAGUCGCUCUGGAGUAUAAGUCGCACAAGGCCAAAAAUGCAUCAUUAGGUAGGGGAAAAAAAAAAACACAUACAUAAGUCGCACUGGAGUAUAAGUUGCAUUUUUUGCAGGUAAUUAAUUAGAUUAAAGUACCGUUACUAUUAAAGUACCGUAUUUUCUGGACUAUAAGUCGCUCUGGAGUAUAAGUCGCACAAGGCCAAAAAUGCAUCAUUAGGUAGAAAAAAUAUACAUAAGUCGCACUGGAGUAUAAGUCGCAUUUUUGUGGGUAAUUUAUUUUACAAAGUACUUGAGUUGUCAUGGAAGUGAUCACUAUUAAAGUACCGUAUUUUCUGGACUAUAAGUCGCACAAGGCCAAAAAAAAAAAAACAUACAUAAGUCGCACUGGAGUAUAAGUCGCAUUUUUUGCAGGUAAUUAAUUUGAUUAAAGUACCCUUACUAUUAAAGUACCGUAUUUUCUGGACUAUAAGUCGCUCUGGAGUAUAAGUCGCACAAGGCCAAAAAUGCAUCAUUAGGUCGGAAAAAAAAAAAAAAAACAUACAUAAGUCGCACUGGAGUAUAAGUGGCAUUUUUUGCAGGUAAUUAAUUUUCCAAACUACUUGACCAAAACAGACAUGACGUCCUCUUGGAAGGCAAGUUGUAACAAUAAAAGAAUAGAGAACAGGCUGAACUAAAAUGUACCGUUGUAACUAGCCAAUCCCGGACACGUAGUACACAGUACUGCAUAACCAAUAACUGCUGUACUUACGAUGAGAGCAUGCUCUCGGCCCAUGGUGAUCACCGUCUGGUUGAUAAUCCUCAGCAAAGACGCCACAAUGUCCUGGAUGUGCUGAAAUGUCUCCCCCUAAGACCAGAGACACGAGUCAGUACAAUAAGUCACGAGUAACAGACGCCAUCUCCGAGAUAAUGUCAUAUUUAUAUGUGGAUGCCACAUUUUCAAUAGCUGGGGAAAACGUUUGCGUCGCCUUGAGGGUUCGCCUUGAGAUGCCACGUUACUGCUUGGAGAUAAUACUAGAGGUAAGAUACCAAAGAGGCAUUUUAUAUUCAUAAAGACAGAAAGAAAGAAAACCAGGACAACAGUUUUUUCCAAGCGUGCUACCAUGAAGUGUCUUUGCUGAUCAGCCAGGCAUUGAGAUCCAAAAAUAGCUACAAGCCAGGUCCAAAAAUAGCAGAUGUUAUUCUAUUAAAUCUAAAAACAAACAAUAGUUAGUCGUGUGUAUCAGUGUGUGCUGAGAGUCAGCAUCUCCAGGGACUUGAACGUGGAACACAGAACGUGGAAGUGGACGCUAAUACGUUCCAAACUGCUUCAAUUGUUUUCUCAGCAAAAAGAAUAUUGCUAUUAUUUUUGAGUACUUUGGGGUGUUAAGCUGUGAAUAUUUGCUGCUUUUAUCUUCAAAUGCUGCUCAUGAAUUCCCCGUCUUCUUUUAUGGAUGCAUCCCUUUGUGUAGUCUGGCACCGCAUCUUAAUUAGACGCCCGAGAAGAAACACGGCAGCGAACGAGACAGGCAGGAGCGCAACAUCAGGGGUUGAGGAGGCGCCGUCGUCUCAGUCACCUGGUUGCCAUGGUUACUAUGUUACCAAAGCAGAAAAAGGGAAACAAGUGGUAUUUUUUCUUCUGCUGUUGAAUGUCAUCAAUCCUUAUCGCAAUGUGCAGACAAAGAUAUUUCCAUCACCUAAUCAUAAUGAGUCAGAGAUACCGGUGAGAUUGUUCGUCAUGUCACCCCGCCUUGUCUGAUCAACAGUCCACAACACAAACAGUCACGCCUUAUUAAUUCCACCAGGCAACCAACAACAAUCAUUAAUUGCUUGGCUGAUAAUGCUAAUGUGGAUUUUAUUCAUAUAUAGUGUAUACACACACACACACACA